GUCUGUUCAGCCUCUUCCAUCCCAUGGCCUGCAAUACCUUCCAAGAAUAUCAGGUACCCGACCCGCACCCGCCAUGAACAUCCAAUAUUCGGGCCGAACCCACUGGGUUUCGGGUCAGCCGGCACAUCACCCUGUGUGUCACUAUGAGCCCGGCCCAUGCUACUGAUUGACACAUCCCUUCCUAGCAAGGCCACGCCCCGUGGAGCACGCUGUGGGUCUCGGCUGGGUGUCCGUGCAAUGGAUCUACAGCUGCUGGAGCAUCGGGUGCGAGUGACCAGCAUUGAGAAGUGUGGCCUGUGGUUCUACACCCACCCGCUGGUCAAACUACUGUUCCUGAGGCAGCGCACCAGAUGCAAGUUCUUCAGCUUGACAGAAACACCAGAAGAUUACACACUGAUGCUGGAUGAGGAAGGCUUUGAAGAGCUGCCUCCAUCUGAGUUCCUACAUGUAGCAGAAAACACAUGGCGGGUCCUGAAUGUGUUGUCAAGUGGCUGCUCCUCCAAUGGAAUCCAGACCGUGGGAGUUACAAAAAUUGCCAAAUCGGUGAUUGCACCCUUGGCGGAGCACAAUGUGUCUGUGUUAAUGCUCUCCACAUACCAGACUGACUACAUACUGGUACGGGAGGAUGACCUUCCUGUAGUUUUUCACACAUUACUGGACGAUCUAAGCAUCUACAAAGAGGAAAAUGGUAUCCUGGUUCCAGUGAAGCCCACAGAGGCUAGGAAUACCUUAAAGCCCAGGACUUUAUUUAAUCUGACAGUGCAUCCUGUGCAGAGUCCCCAGAACCAGUUCUGUAUCCUGACAAUGGAUCCAGAUACCCUUCCUUCUGUUUCUACCAUACUAUUGGAUGUGCUGUUCUACUCCCACCCUUUCCAGAAAGACACUGCUGCAGGAUCCCAGGAUCUGGGCUUCUUUCACUUUUUUGCCUUCUCCUUGAUAGACGGGUAUAUAUCAAUAGUCAUGGACACGAAGACGCAGGAGAAAUUUCCCACUGACUUGCUUUUAACUAGUUCAUCUGGGGAACUUUGGAGGAUGGUGAGAAUUGGUGGACAGCCCCUUGGGUUUGAUGAGUGCGGAAUAGUUGCACAAAUUGCUGGACCUUUGGCAGCCGCAGACAUAAGUGCCUAUUACAUCAGUUCGUACAACUUUGACCAUGCGCUGGUGCCAGAAGAAGACAUUGAGAAUGUCAUCAGUUUAUUGCAUCAGCGUCAAGAAUCUAAAACCUAAGGCUUAGAACUGGUGCCACAGAGGAACACCACAAAACAUAUCAGAAGUGGGCUUUUUGUUUUUAAAGAAGAGCUGUGCCCCUUCACCUUCUGGCACAGUGAUGAUGACUUACUUUAGACUUUUGGGUAAGAAUGACCCAAACAGGCACUGCCUAGAGAGAGGACUUCAAUAUGCCAUUCACCUGAGCUAAUGGUUUCUAUUCAGUGUUGCAAUAAAUGGGUGGUUGCUCCCUAAAGCAGCUGUAGAGCUAACCAUUUCCUGGAACAACACACUACAAUGUGAAGUAAAGCUGCGCAGCCUGACAUGUUAAAAACAAAGGCAUUGCAAGAGGAUGCAAAACAAUCUAAGGCCAUUUGCCACCCUAGUAUAAUUAAUGAAAGCCAUGUUCAUAUGUAGUGAUAUUAGAUGUGUAUGGCAUAAAACCACUAUAUAGGAGUCUACUGAGCAGAUUGCUCUGUGCCAUAAUGUUUGCAUUACACAAAGUCUUGUUAUUUAUUUGGUGCCUAAAUCCUUUCCUUCAGUUUAGUUUACUCUUGAUGCAUCUAUAGACAGGCUGUAUAGGAGUCUACUGAGCAGAUUCCUCUGUGCCAUAAUGUUUGAAAUACAUAAUUUGGUGCCUAAAUCGUUUCCUUUUAUUGUAAUUUACUCUUGAUGCAUCUAUAGACAUGUUGUCAGUCAUUUUGAGGAGGGAAUAGGGGACCUAGAUAAGCAGUGUUUGUGCUGGAGCCCUAAUCAUUCGCACUAUGCCUUAGGGAAUUUUAAAGGCUUACCUUUUUUAAAAAAAAAUAAAAUAUAAGUUGGAUAGUAUAGCCAUAUUGGUUUAUCAGAUGAAUGGGCAAAUCAGGCUACCUCUGAUCUAACAUGUUUGUAUUAAAUCCUUUAAAGAAAAACCUAGCCUGCUUACAUAGCUAUAUUUUAGUGCAACAUCUGGUGCUUUGCUAAAAAAAAAAAAAAAA